AUGCGUUACACCAUCUUCACCAUCGCCGCAGCCGCGACCCUUGCCUCAGCGCAAACCACAUCCACCCCCGCCGCCGCCUCCCCCACAGGCACCACCAUCCCCGUCGGCUCAAACUGCACACCCGGCGGCGUGCCCUGCGCCCUCGGCGCCAACUGCUACGCCGUAAACUCCGGCCUCAUCCCUGUGUGCGGCAACUUCCAAGCCUCCUGCACCCGCGACGAGCAAUGCGCCUACAACACGUGCAACCUGUCCGACGGCCUCUGCAACGGCUUCCUCGCCUCAUCUUCGGCCGCGUCGUCGGCGUCAGCAAUGCCCACCAGCGGCGCCGUCACACCCACCAACCAAGGCCCUCAGCCCGCGCCCUCACCCACCGUCGUCGCGCCCGCUGGUUCCCUGCCUCUCGGCGCGGACUGCAAUCCCUACGUCAAGCCUGACCAGUGUGCCAAUGGCGUGCAGUGCUGGGCCAGCAACGCCAUGCUGAUUGCUCGAUGCGGAAACUUCAACGCCGAGUGCAGCAGCGAUGAUCAGUGUGCGUAUAACAUUUGCAGCGGCGGUCUUUGCAGAGGUUUCAAGCCUUCCAGCGAGUUCCCUGUUAUGAGCUCGACGGCGAUGGAUGUUAUGCCUGCUGCUAGCACCAUGACUGGUUCGAUGGCUCCUAUGCCGUCUGGCACGAUGGAACACAUGCCUUCUGGUAUUGUGCCCCCGCAUAUGGUUAACGGUACUAUGACUAUGGUGCCGACUGGAACUGGUGCUAUGCCCACUGGUCCUGCCAACGCUACUUCAUCUAGUCCCGCUCAGUUCACUGGCGCUGCUGCCGUUGACCGUGUCGCUGGCGGUGUUAUGGCGGUUGUCUUCGGUGCUGUUGCUUGGGCUUUGUAG